CUUCUUCUUCCUCCUCUCGCUGGCUUUGCCUUGUAGAGGGGAAGAACAAUCCCGUAGAGGAGGCACACAAAAGCUGUUCCGAAUUCUCCGAUUAAUCCCACUGCUCGUCCCAGCCUGAGAUCAAUCCGCACUUCCGUCCCGGCGUCUCGAGGGGGAGGGGAGGAGCGAGGGAAUUCGGCUGCGGAUUGGAUUGGAGCACUAAGAAAGGCGGCGAUCUUUCAUAGCACGGCGAUGGAGAGGGAGUCGAGGAAGAACUACCAGACGCGAGGCUCCGCGCGCGGCGGCGGCGGCGGGGGCGCUGGCGGUGGCACGGCGGCGGAGCGCGACCUGCUGCUGCAGUGGGGAAACCGGAAGCGCCUGCGCUGCGUCAAGGUGCAGCGACGCGACGUCGAGGCCGCGGCCACGGCGGCCGCCGAGAAGGCCGCGGUAGGACAGCGCCGCGCCGCCGCCGCAGCCACGGCGGCCGCGCAGCACCACCCGCCCGGCCACGCCCACCACCGCGCCAUCAGGAAUCCUGAGGAGUCUGGAGCAAUGAGGCCGCCAUCACAGCAGCAGCAGAACAACACGAUCCGCACGGUUACAUCCCCAGUCAGGGAGCGCUCUGCCAAGGGAAACAACGACAACAACGCGGUGCCUCCGACCUCUCUCGAUGACAAGAAGGGCUCGUCGUCAGGGAGUGAAGGGUCGAUCUGGCCAAACUUUGCAGUCUCCCUGACGAACAAAGAGAAGGAAGAAGACUUCUUGGUGUUCAAGGGGUCCAAGCUGCCUCAGAGGCCCAAGAAGAGAGUCAAAGCCAUCCAGAGGACUGUCAAUUUUGUAUGCCCUGGAACAUGGCUAUGCGACCUGACUCUGGAAAGAUACGAAGUACGAGAGAAGAAGGUCUCCAAGAAGCGGCCCAGGGGACUGAAAGCGAUGCACGACAUGGACAGCGAGUCGGAAGAGUAAUGGUACGACCGUCGUCGAGCCUGAGCAGCUGAGCAGUUAGAAAGAAGAAUACACACAAACACCGCCACAGAUCCAGUAGCCGAACCAAAGAUUGCAAAUUAACCUCUCCCAGAUGGAAUGAACAUUGGGGCUGACCGCUUCUCGCGCCCGCGGCUUUCGGAGAUCGGGAAACCGCACAGGAAGAACACGGAGCGGCUGCGGGUUAUUUCCGUGCAUGGCUCUGUUUUUUACAGAAGAGAGCGUUGGCUAUAUCAUCUUGUGCCCAAAGGCCCUGACCUCAUGUUGAUACCAUUUGAGAACAUAUGCAUCUCGCUGUGUCAAACUGGUGCCAAGUAGUGUGCUCCAGUACAGGUGGGCGUGUGGGUUUGCCCUCUGCUUGCACUGGCAAAUGACGGUAAUAAUACUUAAGUUAAGAUGGAUUUACCAGGGUGGUCUUCAGUAAUUUGUCUAUCCCCUGCUGGCUACCAGCUGCUGUAAACUUCAUCCGUAGUUACAAUUUGGAGCAUCCGAUGAUGCCAUGCGUAGGCUUAUCAGGCGACACACUGCUGAUGGAUAUAUAAAUUUGUGGUUGACGUCA